GGAGGAGAGGGGAAAGGGAGAGGCUGAUUUGAGGCUGAGAUGCUGCCUGAGUGUGCUCUGAGGAGGCGUUACUAAGGUUACUAGGAAGAACGGCUAGUGAUAGGCAGGCAGGCUUUUUCUUCUAAAACAAAAUAUAUUUUUAAGUGACGGGCGUAGGCUGAGCUGCAGGCAGUAUCUCACGGUAUUACAUGGUAGACUCUGAGAAGGGAAAGAAUGGAGCCCCAGGAAAAACGUGGAGGUUGCACUUCGUGUAAGGCGACCAGUUUACGCUUCCCCGUCCGGGCCUUUUCUUCUGUCACCCUUGUUUCCCGUAGGUGUCCUGGUUGUAGCACAAAAUCGACGUUCCCGGGGACGGUGCCUUUUGGGUGUGACACGCGGCCAAGUCAGACCGGAAGCGGCUCCGGGUCGGACCCCAUCGGAGAGGAGAGGAGUAAGCGGCGGCCUUAGUAGCGGUGAUGCGCUGCGCGGCCUUGGCCGAAGGGGUCGGCCUGUAACUCAGGCUCUUCGGGCUGUCGGCGGUCGCUGAAGCUGCCCCAACUCAGCAGAUUCCGGAAAUACUCGGCGUCUUCGUUUUCGAAAUUCUCUGACUCUUGUCAGUUGAUUUCGUAGCUUGAAAUGCAUGGUCAUGGGGGCUAUGACUCUGAUUUUAGUGAUGAUGAACAUGGUGGAGAAUCUAGCAGAAGGAAAAAAAGGAAAAUUGAAGACGAUGUAUUGCUCAAAAAGCCAUUUCAGAAAGAAAAACAUGGAAAGGUGGCCAAUAAACAAGUUGCAGCAGAAUUGCUGGAUAGGGAAGAAGCAAAAAAUAGAAGGUUUCAUCUCAUAGCUAUGGAUGCUUAUCAAAGGCAUACAAAGUUUGUAAAUGACUAUAUUUUAUACUAUGGUGGCAAAAAAGAAGACUUCAGGCGUUUGGGGGAAAAUGACAAGACAGACUUAGAUGUUAUACGAGAAAAUCAUAGAUUCCUAUGGAAUGAAGAAGAUGAAAUGGAGAUGACUUGGGAGAAAAGACUUGCAAAGAAAUACUAUGAUAAAUUAUUCAAGGAAUAUUGCAUAGCAGAUCUCAGUAGAUACAAAGAAAAUAAGUUUGGAUUUAGGUGGCGAGUAGAAAAAGAAGUAAUUUCAGGAAAAGGUCAGUUUUUUUGUGGAAAUAAAUGUUGUGAUACAGAAGAAGGCUUAAAGAGUUGGGAAGUUAAUUUUGGUUAUAUUGAGCAUGGUGAAAAAAGAAAUGCACUUGUUAAAUUAAGGUUAUGCCCAGAAUGUUCUUUUAAAUUAAAUUUUCACCACAGGAGAAAAGAAAUCAAAUCAGACAAAAGAAAAGCCAAAAUCAAAAAAGACUAUGAAAAGUCAUCACAUAAAAAAUCCGUAUUAUCUCCAGAAGAAGUUUCCAAGAAGAAAAAUAAAGGCCAUUCAUCUUCAAAGAAAUCAGAAGAUUCUGUAAAUAAAAUCUCUGAUGAGGAAGAAAGUGCUUCAGAGUCUGAGCUUUGGAAAGGUCCACUACCAGAAACAGAUGAAAAAUCACAGGAAGAAGAAUUUGAUGAAUAUUUUCAGGAUUUGUUUCUAUGAGACAGGAGAGAAAAACCUGCAUUCCAUAGUGUGGAAGCUCAUUUUGGAAUUUCAUAAAAGUUUUAUCUGCAAGUUGCAGCUUGAGUGGUUGGUCUUUGGAAAUAAAAAUUCAGCCACUCUCAGGAUGUCCAGUGCUUCAGAAGUUUAUUAGUUAUGUAAGAGACACAUUUUCCUGUCCCUUAUAUAUCUUUUCAAUUGCUUGUCUACAAGUGUUUCAUCUCUAGGCCCUCAAUAUACACUGUAUCAUUUUAAGUGAUAUUUAAUCUUGGGAUGAUUAGCAUAAUAAACUGCAAAAUAAGUAAGUGAAUG